GCAGGGAAGGGGGGACAGCCAGGUGAAGCAGGGAAGGACAGAGAGAAGGCGGAAGCCCCGCUGGAGGAGAAAUAGGGAGCGGAGAGAGAAAAGGGGGCAGUGAGCCGAGGAGCAGGGGCGACGGGGCAGAGCAAGCGGACGGGCAAGAAGUUGAGCCAGGCACUCCCCAGCUCUCCCCCUCCGAUCGCCGGCCGCCUCUCCCCUCCCCCGGCGUCCUGCCACACAACCCACGCGGCAGGGAGUCCCGCCGCUCCUCAGCCCUCCCCCGGGCAGAAGGAGGGGCCGGAGGAUGCCCAGCCCCGAGCAGUGACCUCCCACCUGGCUGCCCCCUCGGCCCCGCGCUCUCCCCCCUCCGUCUUCCCGAUCGUGCGAGAGGAGGGGCGCGGGGUAUCCCCUGGAGAGGGGGCGGGAGCGAGAUGGAGGGCUGCAAGGAGACUUAGGCGGGCGGGAGGGGGCGAUCGGACGCGAUGGAGAGGGCGCCGGGCUGGCAAGGGCCAUAGGGGGCACGGGGGGGGGCAUCGGUAGGUUUCGGCGGAGCACGCGUGGAUCGGCGUCUCCAGAGGCUGCGAACCGGGAUGCUGAGGAGGGGGCACCUCCGGCUCUGAAGCACCCCCCCAACCCUCCACACCGCGAUGGGGACCAGCCUGGGGGGGCUUUACCUGCUGGGAGUCCUGGCAGCAACUUGUAUGGCUGUGCAGUUUGUUCCUGCAAAGACCUAUGAGGACUGGUGGGCGUACAAGGAGACUCUUCAUGGUAGCUUUGUGCCAGGUCCCCCAUUCUGGGGUCUGGUGAAUUCAGCUUGGAGUCUUUGCGCUAUUGGCAAACGCCAGUCGCCCCUGGAUGUGAACACAAGCCAAAUGGUGUUCGACCCCUUCCUUCUUCCUCUUCGACUCAGCACAGGUGGGAAGAAGGUCAGCGGUACCAUGUACAACACAGGACGGCACGUUUCCUUUCGUCCAGACCCACUGCAGCUGGUUAAUGUUUCUGGAGGGCCUCUGCUGUACAGCCACCGGCUCCAGGAGAUACGCCUGCAUUUUGGCAGCGAAGAUGGAUAUGGCUCCGAGCAUUGGAUAGACGGCGAGAGCUUUUCUGCCGAGGUGCAGUUGAUACACUACAACCAAGAGCUAUAUCCCAACAUCUCAGAGGCUUCACGCAACCCCAAUGGCUUGGCUGUUAUUUCAAUCUUUGCUAAUAUCGGGCCAAGUCCUAAUCCAUUCCUAACCAGACUAUUAAACAGAGAGACCAUUACCCGGAUCUCCUAUAAAAAUGAUGCUUAUCUUCUACAUGAUCUGAGUCUUGAAGAUCUGUACCCCGAGACGUUUGGUUUCAUCACCUACCAGGGAUCCAUGUCGACCCCACCAUGUUAUGAAACUGUCACCUGGAUCCUCAUUGACCGACCCAUCAACAUUACCUCUGUCCAGAUACACUCCCUUCGCCUUCUGAGCCAGAACCUCCCUUCCCAAAUUUUCCGAAGCAUGAGCGAUAACUCGAGACCCCUCCAACCUCUCUUACAACGAAGCCUUCGGAGCAACCGAGACCUGCGGCGCCCCACACGACGUUGCAAAGGAGCUAACUACAAGCUACACGUUGAUGGUGCACGGUCCUCCAAAACCAUCAUGUAGAGAGGCCCCAUUGGAGCCAGUUUUGUCCUAUUGAAUGUUCAAGGGUGUCUGUCGCUCCCUCCAGAUUCAGUCUCUUACUGGGGAAGCUACAGUCUCCUACCAUUGGGUAGCACGUGAAGGGGAAUAAUAUGACAUGCCUGCAAACCACAUUGGACUGUUUGCAUUAGAAGGGUUUGGAAUAUCCCUUCUUCCCCUAUUUUGCUUCCAGAGAUUUUUUUUUAAAAAAUUGAGGCAAGCUCUAUUUAAUAGCAGAAUAUAGUGUAACCCAAUUUAAAGGCCACCUUUAAAAGGGAAUAGGGCCUCCAGGAGCUUGUGAAUGGAGAAUUUUGCCCUUUGACAUUGCUUCCCUGUAAUCCCCAAAGCAAAUACUUCUGUUUGGACAUCAGAUAUACCCUAAAUCUCUGCACACCCCAAAUGUUAUGGUGAGAGAAAGUGCCCCAAAUGUUGCACAGGUCAACUAGGUCAUAUUUGUCAGUGGGAUACAUGCAGGCCUGUACCUUCCCCCCAAACUUCAGUGUAUUUGGUGGGACAAAGAAACAGAGUUCUGUCUUCAUGGUGUCUGAAUGCAUACCAAGGUAUUUGUAGGAUGUUAUGUGAAUCUCGGAAGCCAUGGAGCACAAGGCUGCACCUCAAAAGGUAAAUGGCCCAAAUAACAUAAGGACUGCAGAAAGUUUAGUGGCAGAGAUGGGGGAGAAGGAAAACAUAUGAAAGACACCCAGGAAUGACCCCACAAAUUCUCAUCCUCUCUCACGACUUCUUGGGAGAAUACUUGAAACUUCACCCACUUUAUGUGUGAACUUAGGAGAGUGUAGCGUAGAAAAGACAAACAGAAACCCACCCUAAAUUCUCAUCACAGCAUAGCCUGAGACGUUUGGGGGCAGGGUGAAAGGACAGAGAUACACAGGAAUUUGACCAUAAUUUCUGAAAGGCCUUCAGAAACCUUAACUGGGAAGCAGGGGAGGGAAGAAUUUUGUUGCCAAAAUAAUCCAACUUUUGAAUAAGGAUGAAUAUUAUUAAUUAAAAAGAUAAUUUUCAAAACGA